AUGUCUCUGGCUGGCGAUACAUCUGGCGCCCGCAAAAGAAAGAGAAAGAGAUCGAAAAAUGUUGUGGCCCACCAGCCUGAAGCAACGGAUGUUCAUGUGAACCGUACAAACAAAAAAAUCCGAUUUGACGAAGAUCUGGAGCCAUCAGAGCACAUUCAAGAUGAGGUGAAGGAAGAGGUGGAGGAGCAUGCUCAUGAUGUGCCCGCUGAGCAUGAACUGGUACAUCUUGAAGCUGCUGAAAUUAGUACAGAUGUUUUGAAGUCUGAAUCAAAUGCCUCCAAACGCCCUGAUACGGGAAGUCAAGACAGAACGAAAGUCAUCGACAGUUCCAAGUCCGAAGUGUCUACUCCAAGUCCCAAGAAGAAUAAGAAGAAGGACCUGAAAAAGGGAAAGAGAGUGUUUUUUGCUGAUGAUGAUGACGACGAUGACGAGCCAAGCCUGGCCUUUAACCUCUCGUCGAGAAAACUGAAGGCUGCCAUGGCCGAAAGAGCAUCAGACUUGCUUUCCAUCCGUGAAAGACUCCCGAUCUACCAGCAUAAGGACACCAUUAUCGACUACUUCCAGCAGAACCAGGUGAAUGUGAUCAUUGGAGAGACUGGUUCCGGUAAAUCGACGCAGAUCCCCCAGUUUCUUAUUCCUCUCAACAAAAAGCGUAUUGCCGUCACCCAGCCUCGUCGAGUGGCUGCUGCUUCGUUGGCCACAAGAGUCAGCGAGGAGCAUGGAACGCCGUUGGGCCAUGAGAUUGGUUACCAGGUGAGAUUCUCUAACAUCACCAGUUCUCAAACGAAAUUGAACUACUUGACCGAUGGUAUGCUCAUCCGAGAAUUGAUGUUGGACGAGACACUUUCAAAAUACUCGACGGUGAUCAUUGAUGAGGCGCAUGAAAGAACGGUGUUGACUGAUCUCAUCUUGGGUUUUUUGAAACAGCUUAUUCUCAGCAAGAAGCGCACUGACCUCAAAAUCAUCAUCAUGUCGGCCACGUUGAAUGCUGAACUCUUCAGUAAGUUUUUCGAUAAUGCCCCAAUCUUAUUUGUGGAGGGUAAGAUGUAUCCUGUUUCCAGACACUACUUAAGUGGAUCUUCUGAAGAUAUCGUCGAUACUAUGGUCCGUACCGUGGUGCAAAUUAAUUCCGGAGAACAGGAGGGUGAUAUUCUCUGCUUUUUGCCUGGUCAAGAGGAAAUCGACAACUGUGUAAGCAUUUUGAACACCGUGGCUCCACAGCUACCGAAGGAAGCACCUCUUAUUGUACCUCUUCCGUUGUAUGCUGCGUUGUCACCUGCUCAACAGUCUAAGAUCUUUGAAUCGCUUCUGGGUCGUAAGAGGAAGGUAAUUUUGGCCACUAACAUUGCAGAAACUUCCAUCACGGUUAGCGGAGUUAAAUACGUUGUGGAUUCUGGGUUGAGAAAGGUCAAGGUAUGGAAGCACCAAUUGGGACUCUCGACAUUACUCACUACACCAAUUUCCCAGGCUUCGGCCAGACAGAGAGCAGGAAGAGCAGGAAGAGAGAGCGCAGGUAAAGUAUUUCGCCUUUACUCGGAAAAGCUACUUUUGACCAAGCUUCCGAAGCAACAGGAAUCAGAAAUCAUGAGAAACGAUGUGAUUCUUCCAAUUUUGACUUUAAAGAAAUUGGGAGUCGAUGAUCUUCUUAAUUGGACUUGGCUUGAACAUCCUGGUCAGGAGGCCAUUUUGAGUGCGUUGAGCACUUUGCACUCUUUGGGAGCUUUGGAUAACUCCGGCAAGAUCACGUCUCUUGGUUAUAAGAUGGCCGUCUUGCCAUUACCUCCAGCCCUUUCAGCCGUCCUCAUCAGUGCGUUGGAUUACGGAGUUUUGCAUGAUGUAAUCGACAUCGCCUCUUGUCUCUCGGUAGAUAAUCUCAUAUUGAACAUUGGAGGCAACGGAGAGUUGAGAGACGAAAUCAACCAAAAGAGAAGACAAUACAGUCCAUUGGGAAAUAAGCUGGGUGACUUGAUUGCGCUCAAGGAAUACUUGUCGUACUUUCAGAGCUUGAACAACUCCAAAAACACCACCGAGUUGAAAUUAUGGUGCAAGGAGCUCCACUUCAGCUAUAAGGGCUUCAGGAAUGUGUUGCGUGUAAGAAAGCAAUUGAUUGACUACAUGACCACCACUAUCAGACAAGAUGAUUCACUUUCUCAGCAUGAGAGAGAGCAGCAGUUGAGAAAACUCAAGGCCCAGAUCCAUGAGAAGGAUGGAGAUUCAAGUGACGACGAGGAUUACAUGUCCGAUCUCAAAAAGCUGUUGGAUAUCCCACUGAUUAUGAAGUCUUUUCUCAAGGGUUAUGCUCUCAAUACUGCCAUUGGAAUGCCUGACAGAUCCUUCCGCACAUGUUCCACUGGUCAACUCAUCAGUAUUCAUCCCUCGUCCAACUUAUUUGGCCGGCCCAACAUGGAUGCCAUCAUGUACAUCGAAUACGUGUACACGGCCAAGGCGUAUGGUAGGAACUGUUCGGCCAUUGAGCUUAGCUGGCUUCAGGAGGCCGCACCACAUCUUCUUGGUAGCACCAAGAUCAGCAUUAAUGAGUGA